UACCACAAAAAGUGCUGUGUAUGUACUUUGGUAUUUAUAGGACCUUUCUGCUGCAAUUGCUCUGUAUUUUAAAAUCUAUAAUGAAGUGAAUUCAUUUGAUUUUCAAUCCUUGUGAUGUUUUUCUGUUAUCUCCAUCCAAGAGAUUCCCUCUGCUUUGAUUUUAGUGCCAAAAAUUACAGAUUUAUGCCACAAAUCCAGAUUUCCUUCAGCUACUGAUUCUAAAAAACCAUAGGUUGUGCUUUUCCACUAGGAAAAAAGGAUACAUUUAUCACUUCUCUUGUCUUUGGGAGCAGUGAGUGACCUUUGAAACUCUUAGCAAAUAAAUCCCGCAGACAACCAAACACUGCUCUUAUCCUAAGAGAAUUAGGGAGGCAGCUUGGUAUAGUGAAAAGAACAUUGGCUCUGAAGUCAGAGGACUCAGGUGAAACCCUGCCUGGAUCACUUAUCUGUAUGAGCUUGGGCAAAUCCUUUAGCCUUUUUAGACCUCAUUUUUCUCAUUUGUAAAAUGAGGAUGUUGGUAUAGAUUCUCUCUUCCAUUACUAGAUUGAUGACCCUGUAAUCUUUAUUAUGCACUCUAAAAAAAAAUGGAGGUUACCAUACUUAAUUAUUAGACUACUUUUUCAAAAGGAGUGUGAUAACCAUUGAGAAACGGUUUGUUUUUUUAAAAGCUACCUUUACUCUUUUUGCCCCAACCAGUAGAGACUAGAGCCUUGAGUUGUGGGGAGAGGAGGCUUGGAUAUCACCAUCAUUUGAUUGUAUUUUAAAAUUGGUUUGUAGCUUGGUGACACAGACACUCAAACUAGGUUUUAAUACUCUUGAGGGUAUGAACUAUGUCCAAAACAUAUUUGUAUUCCCUAAAGCAAAGCAGGUGAUACAGAAUAGAUGUUAAAUGUUUGAGUCUCUCAAAGGAUGGACUGGCUUCACUGUAUUCUACCUUUGUUUGUCUAUUGUUUGCCCUACUCAGGUAGCCACAGAUUAGUAACAGAUUUCCAUUUUGUAUUUUCAGUAAGGGUAUGUAUUUUUUCCCUAAUGUAGGCUCGUUAUAUGGCCUGUUUUGUAAGUUCCUUGUCAUAUCUUUGGCAUGUGACUGAUUCUGUCAUCAUUGCUUUCAUAUGUGUUCAGUAUUUUUUAAAAAAAAACAUUUAUCUCCUGUCUUAGAAUUGAUACUAAGUAUGAGUUCCAAGGCAGAAGAGCAAUAAGGGCUAGGUGAUUGGAGUUAAAUGAUUUGCCCAGUCACAUAGUUAGGAAGUGUCUGAGGUCAAUUUUGAACACAGGACCUCCCACCUCCACCCAGCUUUCUAUCCACAAAGCCAAUUACUUGCCCUGUGCGUAUGUCCAGUCCUUAAACUCAAAUACAGUUUGGAGAAUGGAGAAUUAUAAUAUCCUAGAAUAAGUAUUUGCAUCUUUACUUUUCAUUUUAGCAGAUAUGUUCUUGAUAGAGAAUAUUUCUUUUUUAUUUGUUGCCUUAUUUUCCUAAGUUCACAUAACAUAACUAGAUGGAGACUGAGCUUUAAAUUUAAAGUACUACAUCUGCUGUGUUUUUGCUUCUUUAAGGAGAUCCAAGGCAAACUGCUGACAGCCCUAUUUUUUUUUUCCUUUACCUCUCAGGUAAUUAGAAUCUAAGGCAGCCUGUCCUUCAGGUUCUUGCUGAAUCUCUGAGUUGAAACUUUGCUUUUCUUAUUCCCUCAUUUUAGGUCCUAAAAGAUUGCUUUUCCCUUAGCAAGAUGUCUUUGGAGUGGUUCACAUUGGCCACCAGAAGUAAUCUCUAGAGGUGGGCAGAUGUAUUAUUCUUAUUUUUGGUGGGCACUGCAGAGCACAGAGGGGAGUAAAUGGUUUUAGCCCUUACCUAGUGUGAAUCACAGAAGCAAACCUUUCUCAUAGCCUUGUGAGCAGCCCUAUUUCUCUUAUCUCCCUUGCCACACCUUUUAUUUCAUGUCAUACCAGGAAGUAUAUCAUAUUUAUAUCUAGAAGUGUGCAAGGAAGAGUGAUUUGCUAAUAACCUCUAAGAGUUAUUGACCAGUGGUGGAGUCACUAUUCCUUUCCUUCUAUUUGUGUUCCUUUUGUGCAUUUGGAAUGAAGUAAUGAUGAAGUAGUGGUAAAGUAAUCUGGGGUUAUUGACUACAGAGACUAGCAUGGGCACCAACUGGGACUUUCUUUCUCACACCUUGACUGGUUUAGGGUAGGUGGGUGAGGAAGGGAAGGGUUUGUCCUCCCCAUAGCAGACCUUUGAUCUGCCUUCUCCGUACUUGGGGAAGGACAACUCCUGGGGAUUGAUCUCCCUUGCCUUCUCUAGGAUAACAUCUCCAGGAUCCUCUAGGAUCCAUCAUCCUCCCUGGGAUCACUUUCCCAACACCUUUCCCACUUCCCAGCUAUCCUCUCCUACUUGUAGGCCAGUCAGCAAGCAUUUGUUAAGUGCUUACAAUGUGCUAGACACUGUGCUGAGUGCUAGGACUGUAAAGCAAAGGCAAAGCUCAUUCCAAUAGUCUCAGGUAGCUCACAUUCUAAUGGAGGUAGCUACAUGCAAACACUUAAUGUGCAUACUAUAUACAGGGUAAAUGAUAUACACGAUAACUUGUAGGUAAUCUUGGAGAGAAGGCAUUAGUAGAAAGGGGACCAGGAAAAUCUUUUUGCAGAAAGUGGGAUUUUAUCUGAGCCUUAAAGGAAGUUAGGGAAGCCAGGAGGUAGAGACAAGGAAGGAAUGCAUCCUAAGAAUGGGAGCCAGCUGGUGAAAAUGCAUGUAGCUGGGAAAUGUGGUGUCUGGUGUGAGUAGUAGCAAGGAAGCCACUGGAUCACUUCGAAUGUGGAAAGGAGAAAGGUUUACAUAAGAAGAUUGGAAGAGUAGCAUAAAAGUUCAUUGUGAACUUUGUCCACAAUCCCUUCUGUGUUGUUGAAAGCAGUCUGACUGCGUUUCAGUUGAGGUGAGUUUGAGGCCUACUCAAGCCUCAACAGAUGUAUAAAACUACUUGGAGGCAGGGUAACAAACAAAACCUUAUUUAAUAUGAGUAUCAAGGGUUAUAUGAGGAAGGAUGGAAACUGGUAGAGGGAAAAAGGGUUCCCUAUAUCGUUACUAAGCUUUUCCCGCUCCCUUUCUAAGCCACGAAGCUUGUCUUCUUGUCUCAAGUGACCUCGAAACCUUCCUACUGCUUCCUAAUCCUAUCUUUCCCAAGUCUAACUAACUAUCCUAUGUCCAAAUAAUUUUCUUAUUUGUAUUUAGAACUGCCUCCUUGUAAUUGCUGAUUAGAGUUUUUCAGAUCUUAUUCAGUCCAAGUUUGACCUGAUAGUUCAGGCCUGACAGCCAAAUUCAAAUUGCUUCCCUCUAUGUCCACAGAGGAGCAAAAGCAGGAUCUUCUUCAUGAACAGGUUUUAAAAACAGCUCCAACUUCCUCCUACUCCAAAGCUGACAUACUGGUUAGAGGAAUUACCAUGAACCAAAGAAUUUUCUCCGUCUCUGAAUGGUGAACACCAGAGAGAGAAGUAGCAGCCAGUCCCUUGGAUCAACUUCACUCAGAGACCGACUCAUAGGGAUUAACUCCGAGGGACAAACUGUCAGAAAGGGGAUUCUCCAUUUUUAACCUUACACAAAGUUCCAUCAGACUCUGGACUUCAAAAUUCCAUUCUUCUUCAUAUUGCUCUUUUUUUCUGCCUAGUUUGGUUUCCAGAAAGUCUACUCUUAGUCUAAGUUCGUUGUUUAGUAUUUGUAGUUUGGUCAUAGCUUUCCGGUAUUUCAUCAUAGCCACAAGAGUAUUUCUUAUUUUUAUAAUAGCUAGCAUUACUAAUAUAGCCAACUGUACAUAGGUCAGCUUUAAAAUCAUGAGAUACACACCUGGUUCAGCCAAAGUAUUUAUCAGCACCUUUAAGAUACGAUAUGGCACAAUAAACAAGAGUAGUUCUUGCAGAAAAACUAUCUGAAGAAUAUAAAGCCACAUUUUUUUUUACUUCAAGGUACAUCUGCAAGCCUCUGUAAGAAUUUACAGACUGCAAGUAGGCCACCUGUAGAGCUCCUUGGCUGAUUGGCUGUCUGGGUUACAUUGCCACCUAGGGUUCCAUCCACUGUAAUUGCAGGCGGUGGAAGGGAGAAAAAUAAUCUGCUCUGAAAAUUCUGAGGCCUAACUGACAGUGCUGGAAGUCCGACUGGUUUUUCAGAAAAGACUGCUGUUUUUUAAAAAAACUUUCAGGUCCUUUUGUUCCUUCUUGAAACACGCCAAACUGUAAAGGUUCAUUGUGAACUUUGUCCACAAUCCCUUCUGUGUUGUUGAAAGCAGUCUGACUGCAUUUCAGUUGAGAUGUGUUUCCAUUUUUGAACUUAACAUAACCUGACUCAGGAGUAACCUAAUUCUCAAGACAUUUGUAACAGAAGUGUGAAGGACUGCACAUUCAGAAAAAGUGGAAUAUAACCAUGAGGUUUACGGUUGUUUUUAUUCUCUCUGUGACUUUGCAAGAAAGGGAGUUUUUGAAGAUUAUCUAAUUGUUAGAAGAAGAUUGUUAUCUCGAUUUCUGUGACCAUCAUGCCAUGAGAAUGUUAUGAAGAAACUAAGGCAAUCAGGAUUAAGUGACUUGCCUAGAGUCACACAUCCAGGAAAAAUCAUUGGAUAAAUGCCGAGUCCCCUGAUAUAAACUCCAUUCGAAUUUUCUGGAGAGUAGCUACCGUAGAAUUUUAUACAGUAACUUUUAUGGAUUAUAACAUAUUUGAAACCUGAUUAGUUUGCUGGUAGCAAGCCAUAAUUAUUUUCUUCAAAGAAAAUGUUCAAGGUCUCAUGCAACCAUCCUUUUUUCUGGAAGCUGUUCUUCAAAAGGGAAGUCCAUAUGUAAACAGAAGAGAUGAUCAUGCUUCCUGUAGGAAUUUAAGACCAAUUUCUUUUAAAUCAUGACCAGCUUGAAGCGGUCCCAGACUGAAAGACCUGUUGCAACUGAAAGAGCAUCAAUGGUUGGAACAGAUGGGAUUUCCAAAGUUCACACUGAUGACUUCUACAUGCGCCGCUUCAGGUCUCAGAAUGGCAGUUUGGGUUCUUCUGUCAUGGCUCCUGUGGGCCCUCCUCGAAGUGAAGGUUCCCACCAUAUUACCUCCACUCCCGGAGUCCCAAAGAUGGGGGUUAGGGCAAGGAUUGCAGAUUGGCCACCAAGGAAGGACAAUGUUAAAGAAUCGAGCCGAUCAAGUCAAGAAAUGGAGACGUCAAGUUGCCUUGACAGCAUGUCCUCCAAAGGCAGUCCUGGAAGUCAAGGUAGUUCAGUUAACCUCAACUCCAGUGACUCUGCGAUGUUGAAAAGCAUACAGAAUACUCUAAAAAGCAAAACCAGACAAUCAGAGAACAUGGAUUCCAGAUUUCUCAUGCCAGAAGCUUAUCCUAGCUCCCCUAGGAAAGCCCUUCGCAGAAUAAGACAACGUAGUAACAGUGACAUUACUAUAAGUGAACUUGAUGUGGAUAGCUUUGACGAAUGUAUCUCACCCACAUACAAAACUGGUCCAUCACUACACAGGGAGUAUGGUAGCACAUCAUCAAUUGAUAAGCAGGGAACUUCAGGAGAAAGCUUUUUUGAUUUGUUGAAAGGAUACAAAGAUGAUAAAUCUGAUCAGAGGGGCCCAACCCCAACAAAACUGAGUGAAUUUUUGAUAGCCGGUGGAAGCAAGGGUUCAGGCUUUUCUUUGGAUGUGAUAGAUGGACCUAUCACACAGAGAGAGAACCUCAGACUUUUUAAGGAAAGGGAGAAACCACUCAAGAGACGGUCUAAGUCAGAAACGGGGGAUUCAUCCAUUUUUCGUAAAUUACGUAAUGCCAAAUGUGAAGGGGAACUUGGAAAAUCAUCAGACCUUGAAGAUAACCGAUCAGAGGACUCUGUCAGACCUUGGACUUGUCCUAAGUGUUUUGGUCAUUAUGAUGUCCAGAGCAUAUUGUUUGACUUGAAUGAGGCAGUUAUCAAUAGACACAAUGUAAUAAAAAGGAGAAACACAACCACAGGAGCAUCUGCAGCUGCUGUUGCUUCUUUAGUUUCUGGGCCUUUAUCACAUUCUGCAAGUUUCAGUUCCCCUAUGGGAAGUACUGAGGACUUGAAUUCUAAGGGAAGCCUCAGCAUGGACCAGGGAGAUGAUAAGAGUAAUGACCUUGUAAUGAGCUGUCCGUAUUUUCGAAAUGAGAUUGGUGGAGAAGGAGAAAGGAAGAUCAGUUUAUCCAAAUCGAAUUCUGGUUCCUUCAGUAGUGAAAGUGCCUCAUUUGAAUCAACUCUUAGCUCUCAUUGCACAAAUGCAGGAGUGGCUGUACUUGAAGUGCCCAAGGAAAAUUUGGUAUUGCAUUUAGAUAGAGUAAAGAGAUACAUUGUGGAACAUGUGGAUCUUGGUGCAUACUAUUACAGGAAAUUUUUUUAUCAGAAGGAACACUGGAACUAUUUUGGGGCAGAUGAGAACCUGGGUCCAGUGGCUAUAAGCAUUCGAAGAGAAAAACCAGAAGAAUUGAAAGAAAAUGGACCUCCAUACAACUAUCGAAUAAUAUUCAGAACUAGUGAGCUCCUGACAUUAAGAGGUGCUGUACUAGAAGAUGCCAUCCCUUCAACUGCAAAGCAUUGUACAGCUAGAGGAUUGCCCUUGAAAGAAGUACUGGAGCAUGUGAUUCCUGAGCUAAAUGUUCAGUGCCUGAGGUUGGCCUUCAACACCCCCAAAGUCACAGAGCAACUCAUGAAACUGGAUGAACAAGGGUUAAGCUAUCAAUUGAAAGUGGGAAUCAUGUAUUGCAAAUCUGGACAGAGCACCGAAGAAGAAAUGUACAACAAUGAGUCAGCAGGCCCUGCUUUUGAAGAAUUCCUCCAACUUUUGGGAGAACGAGUUCGUCUUAAAGGAUUUGAGAAGUAUCGUGCUCAACUUGAUACUAAAACUGAUUCAACUGGUACCCACUCUCUUUACACAACUUAUAAAGACUAUGAAAUUAUGUUUCAUGUAUCUACUUUGCUGCCAUAUACACCUAACAACAAGCAACAGCUCCUACGGAAGAGGCACAUUGGAAAUGACAUUGUUACAAUAGUUUUCCAAGAACCAGGAGCCCAGCCCUUCAGCCCAAAGAACAUUCGCUCUCACUUCCAGCAUGUUUUUGUCAUUGUCCGAGUUCAUAAUCCCUGCACUGACAGUGUCUGUUACAGUGUGGCUGUAACCAGGUCCAGAGACGUGCCAUCCUUUGGCCCACCAAUCCCCAAAGGAGUCACUUUCCCUAAGUCCAAUGUGUUCAGGGACUUCCUUUUGGCCAAAGUAAUUAACGCGGAGAAUGCUGCUCAUAAGUCUGAGAAAUUCCGUGCCAUGGCUACCCGGACUCGUCAAGAAUACCUAAAAGAUUUGGCAGAGAAGAAUGUAACCAAUACUCCCAUUGAUCCUUCUGGCAAAUUCCCCUUCAUCUCUCUUGCCUCCAAGAAAAAAGAGAAAUCCAAGCCUUAUCCUGGAGCAGAAUUCAGUAGCAUGGGUGCCAUUGUAUGGAGUGUCCAUGCCAAAGACUACAAUAAGGCAAUGGAGAUAGACUGUCUUCUGGGCAUCUCAAAUGAAUUUAUAGUUCUCAUUGAGCAAGAAACCAAAAGUGUGGUAUUUAAUUGUUCCUGCAGGGAUGUAAUAGGAUGGACUUCAACUGACACCAGCAUCAAAAUCUUCUAUGAGAGAGGGGAAUGUGUUUCUGUGGAGAGCUUCAAUAACAAUAGUGAGGAUAUCAAAGAGAUUGUCAAAAGAUUGCAGUUUGUGACUAAAGGAUGUGAGUCAGUGGAGAUGACUUUGAGGAGAAAUGGGCUUGGACAGCUUGGCUUCCAUGUAAACUAUGAGGGUAUUGUGGCAGAUGUGGAACCUUAUGGUUAUGCCUGGCAGGCAGGAUUAAGGCAAGGCAGCCGCCUGGUGGAAAUUUGUAAAGUGGCUGUUGCUACCUUAAGCCAUGAACAAAUGAUUGACCUUCUGAGAACAUCAGUCACAGUGAAAGUGGUCAUUAUACCACCCCAUGAUGAUUGUACUCCAAGAAGGAGCUGCUCUGAAACAUACCGCAUGCCAGUGAUGGACUACAAAAUGAAUGAAGGGGUUUCCUAUGAAUUCAAGUUCCCUUUCCGAAAUAACAACAAAUGGCAGAGAAAUGCCAACAAAGGGCAAGGACCUCAUGGGUCCCAAGUACCCUCCCAGGUUCAGAGUCCAGUGAUUUCUCGAAUGACUGCUGGAAAAGGAGAUGGAAAGAUGCAGCCUCCAGAACGAGCUGCUAAUAUUCCUCGAAGCAUCUCUAGUGAUGGUCGCCCCCUGGAAAGGAGGUUGUCUCCUGGCUCUGACAUCUAUGUGACAGUUUCAUCCAUUGCUUUAGCGAGAUCACAGCAAUGUCGUAACUCCCCCAGCAACCUGUCUUCAUCUAGUGAGACUGGCUCUGGUGGGGGCACUUACAGACAAAAAUCCAUGCCUGAAGGGUUUGGAAUGAGCCGAAGAUCCCCAGCCUCCAUUGACCGGCAGAACACUCAGACAGAUAUUGGUGGCAGUGGGAAAGCCACACCCAGCUGGCAGAGAAGUGAGGAGAGCAUUGCUGACCAAAUGGCUUACAGUUAUAGAGGAUCUCAGGAUUUCAAUUCUUUUGUCCUCGAGCAGCAUGAAUAUACAGAGCCAACAUGCCACCUCCCAGCUGUAUCAAAGGUAUUGCCAUCCUUCCGAGAGAGCCCUAGUGGGAGAUUAAUGCGGCAAGAUCCAGUUGUUCAUUUGUCACCAAACAAACAAGGGCAUUCUGAUAGUCAUUACUCCAGCCACUCCAGUAGCAAUACUCUGUCCAGCAAUGCAUCUAGUGCUCACAGUGAUGAGAAGUGGUAUGAUGGAGAUCGCACAGAGUCUGAACUCAAUAGCUACAACUAUCUUCAAGGCACCUCUGCAGAUAGUGGCAUCGAUACCACCUCCUACGGCCCCAGCCACGGGAGCACAGCAUCUCUGGGGGCUGCUACAUCAUCCCCACGCUCAGGGCCUGGAAAGGAAAAGGUGGCCCCUCUGUGGCACAGCUCCAGCGAAGUGGUCUCCAUGGCAGAUAGGACCUUAGAAAAAGAGAGUCAUGGUGUGGACCGGAAGACUGAAUCUUCACUGAGCCUGGAUAUCCAUAGCAAGAGCCAACCCACCUCUAAUCCUUUAACAAGGGAGAACAGUACUUUUAGCAUUAACGAUGCUGCAUCUCAUACAAGUACCAUGAGUUCACGACACUCUGCCAGCCCAGUUGUUUUCACCAGUGCCAGAAGUUCACCCAAAGAAGAGCUUCAUUCUGCCACUUCCCCGCAGCUCGCGCCUUCUUUCUCCUCCUCCUCUUCCUCCUCUUCUGGUCCUAGAACUUUCUACCCUCGGCAGGGUGCUACUAGCAAGUACCUGAUUGGAUGGAAAAAACCUGAAGGGACAAUAAACUCUGUGGGGUUUAUGGAUACAAGAAAACGCCACCAAAGUGAUGGCAAUGAAAUAGCCCACACCAGGUUGCGUGCCUCUGCCAGGGACCUCCGGGCAUCUCCAAAGCAAACAUCUAAGUCAACAAUUGAAGAGGAUCUAAAAAAACUAAUCGACUUUGAAAGCCCAACUCCUGAAUCACAGAAAAAUUUUAAGUUCCAUGGACUUUCCUCUCCACAAUCUCCUUUCCCUUCCACUCCUACCACAAGGCGGACCUUGCACAGAACGUUGUCGGAUGAAAGUAUUUACAGCAGUCAAAGAGAACACUACUUCCCCUCGCGGAACUCGAUUCUGGACCAAGCCUUGCCCAAUGAUGUCCUCUUCAGUAGCACCUACCCUUCUCUCCCAAAGUCUCUCCCUUUACGGAGGCCAUCGUACACAUUAGGAAUGAAGUCAUUGCAUGGAGAGUUCUCGGCCUCAGACAGCUCCCUCCCUGAUAUCCAGGAGCCAAGAAGGCAGCCCAUGCCAGACCCAGGUCUCAUGCCCCUGCCAGACUCUGCUUCUGACCUGGACUGGUCAAACUUGGUAGAUGCUGCCAAAGCUUUUGAGGUCCAGCGUGCCUCAUUCUUUGCUGCUAGUGAUGAAAACCACCGACCCCUGAGUGCUGCAUCCAACAGCGACCAGCUAGAGGACCAAGCUAUGGCCCAGAUGAAGUCUUACGGAAGCAGUAAAGAUUCUUCUCCUACACUGGCUUCUAAAGUGGACCAAUUGGAAGGUAUGCUGAAGAUGCUUCAAGAAGAUUUGAAGAAGGAAAAAGAAGACAAAGCUCACCUUCAAGCUGAAGUCCAGCAUCUUCGGGAAGACAACUUGCGUUUACAGGAAGAGUCCCAGAGUGCAUCGGACAAGCUGAAAAAAUUCACUGAAUGGGUCUUUAACACAAUUGAUAUGAGCUAAAGACUGAUCAAACAGAGAGGAGAAGGGAAGGCAGGGGAGGGGACCAAGAGGGAAUGUUCCCUUUCUUCUGAGACUGCUUUAAUGCCCCAGAAUCAUGCCAUUGAAAGCAUCUUCAGAGCACUUUCCCCACCUUCCCUAGAUAGCCCCUUUUUUUGCAAGUGCACAAACAGAACAAUUGCAGAUCAACAAUCACUGUCUGCCUUUUGUAGAAAAAAAAAAACAUGAAAAAAAUGAAAUAAAAAAAUUUAAAAAGUAAAAUAAAACUUUAACUGCUAAAAUGUGAAUGUCUAUUUUUUUGCACAGUAUCUUUAUCUGUAAUGUAUAAAGAAAAAAAAUGGGGAUUAGACUAGAAUGAUCUAGUCCAUCUGCCUCUAUUUACUUCCCAUCAGCUCUUUCCUUUCUGUUUCAGGUAAUCCAAACUUCUUCUUGCUCUCCUGAAAAAUAUGAUUCCUAAAAAACUAGUACAUGUUUAUUUUGGACUGUUUAUUGGGGGUUAGGGUUGGGGCUGUGGGAGGGCUGUGUUCCUUACCUUCUGUGCUGAAGUGACUGGACAUGAGCAGCUGUAUCUCCCUUGAAUGCAUGAAUCAAUGCUGUUUUUCUCUGUGUUACCCAGAACAGCAGGAUUAGGCAGGAAAACAGAGACCAUGGAUGGGGCAUGUUAUGAUCUUUUCUACAUCACGCAUUACUACCACAAGAUUUGCUGUCACCUAUGGUUUUCUGUGGAUAUACUUCUACCUACUUUCCACAGGGUAAAUAGACUUCUCAAGUGCAGCCUUAAGCAAUCUCUCCUAAUGUAGAAUUGACCAACUUUCUGGCUACAAACAUAAAGUUGUUUAAGGUUCCCUCGCAUCACAUCCAUUGAAUUACCCAUCCCAAGAACUCUAUUCUCUCCAUUCGGUACGGUCUAAAAACCGGAUGGUCCCCCUGCCCUUUUGGUUUUUCUUUCGAGGGAAAAGAGACACGCGACCAAAAUCUGACCAAUUAACACUGAUUAAAAGUACCCAGAAAGUGAUUUAAAUGUUAGUCUUGGUAGGAGACAGGACAAUCUAGGGAAAAAGUUCAAUUAUAAAACUUUAAAGAGCUGUUACUUGCCUUUUGAAUGCAGGGGACAGGAUAAGAACAAUAUUCAUAUGCUUGAGUAGAUAUCCAAAAUUGGCUUUUUCCCAAUGUGACAUCAAAGCAUGGGAUUUUUGAAAUUGAGGCCAUCAAAGGAAUUUCUCUGAAGAAAUGAUUGAUUUGCCAUUCAAAUUCAAAAAGCUCAGAAUGCUUUGGUGCUUGGACAUCAUUCAUGGGCCCCAGUGCCGAACCCUGAUACUGCUCUAAACUGUGUUUAGCCCUUUGGAGGAAAGCAACCCAAACCUUUUCCUCUGAGCCUUCAUCUUCAUCCCAAAAUUUCUGUCAUCAUCCCUGUAAGCAAGCAAUUGACCUAUAACAAUUGUUCAUCAUUUUUAUGUCACUCAAAUUUUCUCUCCAUUUAAGGAUUAUCUCAAUUUGUCCCUCCCCAAGCCCCAGAGAAGCCAUAGCCAUUCAUAUUCUCUCUUCCUCGAAUUUUGAAGCUAAAAUUUCACUUCUGUGUUGUGAUUUCCUCCUCCCCUCAUGGAAUUCUUUUCUAGUAACAUUUAGAUUAUGGGAAAAGGAAGAUUUCAAAGUUAUUUUGUAAAGAUUGUGACUCUUUUUGAUUUGUAUGAAGGAGGUUUGUACAGUGCCUGAUAUUAUUUGUAAAUGGGAAAUAUUGCUAACAUCUGAGCAUUCUGAAGUCUUGCUUAUCCUAAGUUUGUUCUUAUUUUGUUUUAAAUUUUGUUUUGGGACUUGGGGCAGACUAUUUAUUAGAGUUUUGCAACAGAAUUCUUGUAUGAAGCCUCUAAAGGCUACUUGUAAAAUUCAGACAAUAAAACUUACUUUAAAGGCUCUUCUAAAA